GUUUCCCAAUCAUUUUAGGAGCUCUUUUAUGAUGGAAUAGUCAGUCAAGUAACUACUUUCCUGCUAUGCAGUCAUGGACCGCAUUUACUUUAAAGUGAAUGGUGUCGAGAGAUCGGUGGGAUGCGAGGUGAGCUCAGACCUGACGCUGGUGGACUACCUGCGGGACUGGCUGGAGCUGCGCGGCACCAAGUACAUGUGUCGCGAGGGCGGCUGCGGCGCCUGCAUCGUCGCCGCCUCCAAGUGCCCCGGCGCUCCUGCACAGGCUGUGAAUUCGUGCAUGGUGUCCAUUACAUCAUGUCAAGGCUGGGACAUUACGACGAUAGAAGAAAUAGGGAACAGAAAGAAGGGGUAUCAUAUUCUACAGAAGACUUUGGCAAGUUAUAAUGGGACCCAGUGUGGAUACUGCAGUCCCGCAUGGGUUAUGGCAAUGUACAGUCUACUCCAAACCAAAAAAGAUCUUACAAUGCUAGAAAUAGAACAGUCUUUUGGAAGCAACGUCUGCCGAUGCACUGGUAUUAGGCCUAUAUUAGAAGCAUUUAAAAAAUUUGGAAAAGAUGCUCCGAAAAAUGAAAGAAUAAUGGACAUAGAAGACUUGCAUAUUUGCAAAAAGACUGGAAAGAAUUGCCUGAAAGUUUCUUGCGAAAAAGAUGAGUGGUGUAUGGUAUCAGAUGAUGAUGUAAAAGUACCAAAUAUUCUUGAGCUAAAGUUGAAAGAUAAUAAAUAUUGGUACAGAGUGACCGAUGUGGCAGAUAUUCAUAAAAUCCUAAAUGAGAAAGGUUAUGAUUCGUACAUGCUAGUGUGUGGAAACACAGCUAAAGGAGCAUACCCGAUAUUCGAAUAUCCUCGAAUAUUAAUAGAUAUUAGCACAGUUGAAGACUUGAAAACUUGUAUGAUCGAUCAGAAUCUAAUACUCGGGGCUGGUUUAACGCUUACUGAACUCUUAGAUACCUUUAAAACAGCAUCUAAAGAAGAAUAUUUUCGAUAUUUGGAACCUUUGCAUGAGCAUUUGAACUUAGUAGCUCACAUUCCUGUUAGAAACGUGGGGUCGAUUGGAGGCAACCUGAUGAUAAAACAUAAACACAAUGAAUUUUCAUCAGAUAUAUUCCUGAUGCUGGAAACUGUUGGAGCGACUUUAGAUAUUGAUGAGCCUCGUGGAUACAAAAAAGAAUUAGGAUACAGCUUUAGAAAGACGCUGACGAUGCAACAGUUUCUACAAGAGAAUAUGAAAGGCAAAGUUAUAUUACGGGCAAUGCUCCCACCACUAAGCAACGACCAUCAUGUGAUCACGUACAAGGUAAUGCCGCGGUCACAGAACGCCCAUGCCAUAGUGAAUGCUGGUUUUCUUUACCAAUUGUCGAUUGAUGGCACAGUAAAAUCAUGCAGAAUAGUCUACGGAGGUCUGUCUCCCCACUUCAACAGGGCUUCUGCAACAGAAACCCAUCUGAUCGGGAAAAAGUUAUUUACCAAUGAGACGUUGCAGUCAGCUCUGAAUAUCUUAGCAAGUGAGAUUAUAGUAGUCAAAAAUCCACCAGAGCCAUCUGUGGAGUACAGAAAGCAACUUGCGUUGGGAUUGUUUUAUAAAGGUAUAAUGUCUAUAUGUCCCGCACAUAUAUUAGGAUCCCGUUACCGGUCUGGACCUAUCAAAAUCCGAGAAACAAGGCCACUUUCGGAAGCUCGUCAAAUAUUUGAUACAAACCCAAAGUUAUGGCCUCUGAAUCAACCUAUUCCGAAGAUUGAUGCAUUGAUUCAAUGUUCUGGUGAAGCUAAAUUUGUGGAAGAUAUGCCGACCUUACCCGACGAAGUGUUUGCUGCUUUCGUUCUAUCAACUGUACCUUUAGGAGAUAUUGUAUCAAUAGAUGCGAGUGCUGCUCUGAAAAUGCCAGGAGUAAUAGCAUUCUACUCAGCGAAUGACAUACCAGGUGAAAACUCGUUUACUCCAGCUGGUACCACAUUCUAUGUAGCCAAUGAAGAAAUAUUUUGUAGCGGACAAAUCAAGUACUACAAUCAACCGAUCGGCAUGAUCGUAGCUGAAACCCGACCUAUUGCAGAACGAGCUGCGAAAGUAGUCAUAGCAACAUAUAAAAAUGUUAGGAAACCCCUACUUAGCAUAAAAGAUGCUAAAAAAGACCCAAACAGGAACACUUUGUUCACAUCAACGACUGCUGAAUCUAGAGGUACGGAUGUUGUAAAGACGUUCCAAGGCAGUAACACGAUUUUUGGGCAGUAUCAUUAUACGAUGGAGACACUGUGCUGCGUCUCGAAGACGUCUGAAGAGGGAUUAGAGGUUCAUUCUGCAUGUCAGUGGAUAGAUGGCACCCAAGUCAUGACGUCCAAGGCUUUGAAUAUUGAUUGUCACAAGAUAGAUGUCCACUUACGCCGUGUUGGAGGUGCAUUUGGGAUAAAGAUCUCCCGCAGCAUCCAAGUGGCUGUAGCUUGUAGUCUCGUUGUGCAGAAACUGAACAGGCCAUGUCGAUUCAUACAAUCAUUGACCACCAAUACAAAAGCUCUUGGCAAGAGGCUCUCUUGUUCUACUGAUUAUGAGACUGGUGUGAAUAAUUCUGGAGUGAUCCAGUACAUUAACUACAAACUUUAUGAAGACAAUGGGUACAAAGUUAACGAAACUCUCACCAUGCUCGGUACUGAUGUGUUCUACAACUGCUACAAUAACUCUAGAUGGAACUAUACGUGCUACGACUCUAUUACUGAUAAGGCAAAAAAUACAUGGUGCAGAUCUCCAGGUACUCUAGAAAACAUUGCUAUGGCGGAAUACCUCAUGGAGCGAAUCUCUUACGAAAUGUCAUUAGACCCAAUAGACGUGAGAUUAGCAAAUCUAAACACUACUAGAUUUAAUGACCUCACGGAAAUGUCAAAUACAUUGAAGACUACAGCAAAAUAUGCAGAAAGACGAGCUGCAAUAACGAGUUAUAACGCUCAGAACAGAUGGAAGAAACGAGGCUUAAGGGUCGCAUUCCUGAGAUGGACUCCGGUUGGAGCCCAGUAUUUAAACGCCAACAUCUCUGUAUUCCAUGAGGAUGGUACAGUUGCCAUCGUUCACGCUGGUGUAGACAUGGGCCAGGGGGUUAACACGAAGGCCGUGCAAGUUUGCGCUUAUUUCCUUAAAAUACCCAUUAGCAAAAUCCAAAUUAAAGCAAAGAAUACUACGUCGACGCCAAAUGGAUUCAUAUCUGGUGGUAGCCUUACGUCACAGAAUAUUAUUAUUGCUGUGAGGAGAGCUUGCGAGGAACUUUCAAGAAGACUUGCUCCAAUCAGAGCUCGGAUGGUUAACCCAACUUGGGAAGAAUUGAUCAAAGAGGCGUUUAAUUCGAACGUGGAUUUGCAAGUCCAUGGAUUUGCUGGUGCGGAUGAUGUACAGAACUUCAAUAUAUACGGUGUAGCUAUUGCUGAAUCUGAGAUAGAUGUUUUGACUGGAGAAAUGCAAAUACGUAGGGUAGACAUUCUGCAGGAUGUUGGGCAAAGCGUUAGUCCAGAAAUCGAUGUUGGUCAAGUCGAAGGAGCAUUCAUAAUGGGGCUAGGAUAUUGGACGUGUGAAGAACUGGUAUACGAUAAAAAAACCGGAGAAGUCCUGACAGAUCGCACCUGGAAUUACCCGAUACCGUUAGCACUAGAUAUUCCACAGGACUUCAGAGUUUAUUUUAGGAAGAAAUCUUAUAGCACAGAACUGAUUUUAGGAGCCAAAGGUACUGGUGAACCACCAAUGUGCUUAGCAAUUGUGGUGGCGUUUGCAAUCAGAGAAGCAAUUGUAGCUGCUCGGCAAGAAUCUGGAAUACCUAGCACCCAGUGGUUUGAAAUAGAUGGCCCGUACACGGUAGAAAAAAUAUGCCUGGCGUCAUCAAAUUGCAUAAAAGAUUUCAAAUUGUAUUGAAAUAAAAGAUUGAGUGUGUGA